GUCCGUCCGCUUGUCUUCUGCUGUGUUGCUACCUAGCGACCGGUCGCGAACAACAGCGUCUGCACGAAUUUAUUGACUGCAACCGCUGCUCGCCCCUCAGUUGUUAUGGAGUCGGGGUGCUCGGCGGAGCCCUGUGAGGGGCUGGAUGGUCCUUGGGCGUACGAGCCUGACCGACAAGAGGACAUGGACGCCUGUUUCACCGCGUUUGACAAAGACGGGGAUGGCUACUUAGACUUGAAAGAAUUUGGUUCUGUGUGUCGAGCACUGUUUAGAAAUGAUAAAGGCAAAAUCUACACACUUGAACCAAAACAAUUGUAUGAGGUCUUCAAUAUUUUCGACAGAAACAAGGACGGCUACAUUGACCGGGAAGAGUUCACGCGGUGCUGGAACCAGUGGAUCAAAACGAUUGUCCGGCCCGUGUCCGUGUUCCUCAUCGUGGACGUGCAGAACGACUUCAUCAGCGGCACGCUCAACAUCAGCCAGUGCGCGGCGCAGCAGAACGGCCUGGACGUGAUCGAGCCCAUCAACCGCCUGCUGGACACGGUGGAGUUCGACGCCGUCUUCUACUCGCUGGACUGGCACCCCAGCGACCACGUGUCCUUCAUCGACAACCUGCCCUACCGGCGGGUGGACCCGUCCAGUCAGGUCAAGGCGGAGGACGCCAAGACGUACGACACGGUGGUGUUCGAGGGCCCUCCCCUGAUGAAGCAGCGCCUGUGGCCGCGCCACUGCGUGCAGGACUCGUGGGGCGCCGAGCUGCACAAGGACCUCAAGGUGGUGGAGGGCGCCAUCAAGAUCUGCAAGGGCACCAACCCGGAGGUGGACUCGUACUCGGUGUUCUGGGACAACAAGAAGCUGACGCGCACCACGCUGAGCGACGAGCUGAGGGCCAAGAACGCCACGGACAUCUACGUGUGCGGGCUGGCGUACGACGUCUGCGUGGGAGCGUCGGCGCUCGACGCGCUCUCCAUCGGCUACCGCACCGUCCUCAUCGAUGACUGCAGUCGCGGCGUCGACCUCAGCGACAUCGAGAAGACGAAGAAGACCGUGGCCUCCAGCAGCGGGGUCAUCGUCAACUCCAACCAGGUCAAAGCCAUGGUGGAGGGGAGAGAUCGUCGCGCGGAGCUGGGGUACAAACUCGCCAUCGAAAUCAGGAAACGCGAGGAAGACCCGGAAGCGAACAACGCUCCCCCUCUAGCGGGCCAGACGAUCGAAAGUUGCAACGCGUAGCACAUUGUACAUGGAGCAUUUGGAGCUUGAGUUUAGUGCUUCCGGUGCAUUCAUCCAUUUUUAUGUGAUUCGGUUACAGUGUGAAAGUUCUCUGUAAUUUUAGUCAGUUUUAUUGUUAUGACAGUUUGUCCCUUUUUUAAUGUUUUGUUGGCCUUCUGACUUAUUUUUCAGGGUUUUGGGUGGUGGUUAGGGAUCGUAUUAUUACUAUUAUUAUAUUGCGCACUGUUAUUGUAUUAGCACAAUUGAGUGGCUGUAACUAUGGGAUUGUUAGCUCUCUCUGGUUUAACACUCGCUCUCUUUUUUAGUUUUUUUUUUGGUCCCUUUUGUUGAUUUAGUAUUUUGCACCUGUAGUUUAAGUGAGCUCUCCUAUCAUGGUUUUAUUUUACUCUUGACAUUGCGGUUGAAGAUUGAAGUUUUAAAAAUCUUCUGCGACAUUGUGAUGGAUUUUGUCUUUUCCAUCGAUAGACUCAGAGAAAAAUUCAAUUGUUUAUUUGUGUAGGACUUUCUAGUACGUUCCAAUGUUUAUCUAUGUGUUUGUUUUCAAACUGUGUUAUGUAGGUGUGUAAAAUUACCUAGAUUAUAAAAAAUAUUCUUCAUUGAAUAUUUUUUUAAAGAGUGAUCUUAGUUCUCUCUAGUUGAGCACCUGAUUCUGUUUAUAAAAAAAAAAAAAAACAAUUCUGGGCACAAAAUUUCACCCUGUUAGUAAGAGAAUGUCUAUACUAUGUGGCGUUUUGGUUUAUUUAAUAAUUGUAUUAACCGUCAGUAUCAAAAACACUAGGACAUUCGGUAAUAUUUCAUUCCAAUCAUUCUGUGUCUUUUCAGUAUUCUAAACAUUUCUACAUAUGAUUUUCAUUUUCAUUGAAUUGAUCCAUUCUGUAGUACCUGGAGUAUUGUUCUUUCAGGAAAUUUGGCUGUGAUGGAUAAUACUGUUACUUACUAUACAUUCAGCUUUAGCUCACUUAUUUAGAACAGCACAUUUGAUUUGUACUCUGUGCUUACGGUAUCCUUUGAGAUGAUUUUGUAUAGUUUUGUGAAUAUGAACAAUAAAUUGUUAUGUAGACAACUAA